GGAAGCCUAGACACUCUUACUAUGAGUGGGAGCGGCCGGAAGGUUCGCCGUUCGGCAGAAAAGGCAAGACAGCAGUUUGAUAUAUUUGAUGAUCCACUCGACAUCGAUAUGAAUUUAUCCGUUAAGAAUGAAGUUAUGUGCCCCGAUAUGAUGCCCAUUGAAGAGGAAGUUAUAUUUGGAAUGGUCGACAGUCAACAAUUGGUCGAGGAGCAGCAAAAAAUGCAGCGAGUAUAUCCCUUAGACGGAGGAUCAACCCACUGCCAUAAUCUUAAUGACCGCUUGAGCAGCCUGGAACGCAAAGUGGACUUUCUACUUAAUGUAAAUACGAAGAUAUUGGCACGUGUUGAUAAAAUCUGUGAAAAUAUGAAGACGGUGACGAAGCCAAAUGAUUUUCCUGUUAAACACAAAGAAGCAUUAGAAGCAAUUGAUAUGCAAAUCGCAAAUGAUCGGGAGAAAUAUACUGAGCUCUUUAAGAAUUUGCUAAGUCCUUGCGGAAUUGUUAAGAAUAUUGGACGGAUAUUAGACCAGAAGUUGUUAAUGGAAAUGAACUAUGGAGGACAUAGCUCAAAAGCUGGCCUAAGCAAUUAUGUAAAUUUAAACACAGCGUUAUAUGAGUCUCAGAAGAGGGAAGGCUACACAUUUGACGAUUAUAAGAAGGACGCUCGCUUGGCUUUUCAGAAAGCUAAAAAUCGAGUUUACAAAGCCAUAUCGGAGGCGAGAAGGCUGAAAAGAUUAAAUGGCGAACUCGAAGAGAGCUCACAGUUUUUAAAAGGCGAAGUGAAUACUAAGGAAACAAUGGAAUGCAUGAAUUAGGUUUCUAUAUAAUAUAAGAAAUGAUUAUGC